GAACUAGACCAAUUUCAGAUUACUUCAAGUCUUCAAGUAGCUUAACAUGGCACGACGCAGUGCUGGUCUGGUUCUCAUUGCCUUUUUCGUUUUUCCCAGCAUGGUUUUGGGGUUUACAGAAUUUGUUGUUGGAGGUAACGACGGCUGGAAAGCUGGAGUAGUUGAUUACUCUGCUUGGGCUUCUGGCUAUACGUUUAGUGCUGGAGAUGUUUUAGUUUUCAAUUAUUGGGACACAACUGAAUAUAAUGUCGUUGUAGCAACUGGUUCUGAUACAUUUGAUAAAUGUGUUUCAACUCCAAACUUGGGUUUUUAUGAUACUGGCCAUGAUGUGCUAACGUUGACAGAUGCUGGGAACUACUAUUUCUUCUGUGAUGAGCACUGUGAAUAUGGCGAGAUGAAAUUUAUGAUAACUGUAAGCUAAUUGUUACUCGAUCGAUCAUGUUUUCCUUUGUCUCCACCGCACAAAUAGAAGAACAUGUACGUACAGAAAGUCUACUCGAUCUCUUUAGAUUGCUUGUUUUUAGUCCGAAAUGAUCAAAAUUUAUGUAUCAUAUAUUGCUGAAAAAUAAAAUAUCUAUACCAUAUAUA